AUGGGAAUGCUGACUUUGAAUCAUCUAUUUGUUGGGAGCUUUGUUGAGUCCAAUGGAGCAUCCCGUACAGUGUUCAUCUCCCUUCUGAUUCCAUGUUGCCUGACUGUGGAUUUCAGUGCCCCCCCUCUUAUCCCAAAUAUGCCUUUCCUCUGGGUCUGGAAUGCUCCAACUGAAGCUUGUACUGGAAAGUUUGACGAGCCGCUAGAUAUGAGCCUCUUCUCUUUAAUAGGAAGUCCCAAGAAAGGUAUCACAGGGCAAGGUAUUACAAUAUUUUAUACGGACAGACUUGGCUAUUAUCCAUACAUAGAUAAGACAGACACAAGUGUGCAUGGAGGAAUCCCCCAGCUGGGGUCCUUACAAAAGCAUUUGGACAAAGCUAGGAAAGACAUUUUCUUUUACCUACCGGUAGACAACAUGGGCUUGGUUGUCAUUGACUGGGAAGACUGGAGGCCCACCUGGGAAAGAAACUGGUCACCUAAGACUAUUUAUAGGGAAAAGUCUAUUGAGUUGGUCCAGCAACAGAAUUUACGACUGAAUAUCACAGAAGCCACUAAGAUCGCCAAAAAAGAGUUUGAAACAGCAGGAAGGAGAUUCAUGGAAGAGACUUUAAAAUUGGGCAAAUCAGUUCGGCCAAAUCACUUCUGGGGUUUUUAUCUUUUCCCUGAUUGUUACAACCAUGACUACAAAAAAUCCCAUUACACCGGAGCUUGCCCUGACAUAGAAAAGAAAAGGAAUGACGAUCUGCACUGGUUGUGGAAGGAAAGCACCGCCCUUUUCCCAUCCAUUUAUUUGAACAGCAACUUGCAGUCAUCCUCACUAGCGGCACUCUUCUCGCGAAAUCGUGUACAGGAAGCUAUUAGGGUUUCUAAAAUGAUUAAUGCUAGAAACCCACUUCCAGUUUUUGUAUAUACCCGCCUGGUUUUUACUGAUCUUACUUUGCAAUUCCUUUCUCAGGUUGACCUUGUGAAUACAAUUGGUGAGACUAUUGCUCUGGGAGCCACUGGAAUUGUAAUAUGGGGAACUCUUAGUUUAGCACGGAGUAUGAAGGCUUGCUUGAACCUACAGGAUUACAUGAAGAUUACACUGAAUCCUUACUUAAUUAAUGUAACCCUAGCAGCCAAAAUGUGUAGCCAAGUGCUUUGCAAGGAGAAGGGAAUUUGCAUUAGGAAAAACUGGAAUUCAGAUGACUAUCUUCACCUCAAUCCAAGUAACCUUGCUAUUCAAAUUGGGCAAAAUGGAAAGUACAUAAUACAUGGAAAACCCACAUUUGAAGACCUACAGCAUUUUUCUGAAAACUUUCAUUGCAGCUGUUACACUGACUUGAAUUGUGAGCAGAAAUCUGAUUUAGAAGAAGUUAAGUUUAUUAAUGUGUGUGCUGUUGAAGACGUUUGUAUAGACACCUCACUAAACCCAGAUUCCAGUUUGGACAUUGGGGAGAGCAGCGGGGAGAGCUGGGAGAGUGGGGAGAGCGGGGAGAGCGAGGACAGCAGUGAGUCCUUCACAUCCUCUGCCACAGUGUCUCCACAGAUUCCUAGGAACGACAUCAGUGGAGGACUCUUAAUUCUAUACAUGUAUUCACAGCAUUUGAAAUAUUUGGCAUAG